AUGUGUAUUGGUACUAUUAUGGCUCCUUUAGGUUUAAUCUUGGCAAGUUUUGCAAAUGAAGUUUGGGAAAUUGCUUUAUCUCAAGGUCUUGUAUUUGGUAUUGGUGCUACUUUUGUUUUUUCUCCUUCUAUUGCUCUUCCUAGUCAAUGGUUUGUUAAAAGGAAAGCAUUUGCAACUGGUUUAGCGGUGAGUGGUAGUGGUAUUGGUGGUGUUUGUUUAUCACCCAUGUCUCAACAAUUGAUUAGUCAACUUGGUUACAGAAAUGCUUUACGUGUGUUAGGUGCAUUCAUGUUCACUUUACUUACCAUUGCCACAAUAUUGGCCAAUUCUCGAUGGAAACCUAAAUCUAAUGGUCGUCCUUGGUAUGCCUUAGUGGAUCGUUCUUUACUUGGUCCUCAAUUCAAUUUGUUUCUUUUGUUUUGUUUAUUGGUACCUUUUGGUUAUCUUGCUCCUUUCUUUUUGAUGCCAACCUAUGCUACUUUUAUUGGUGUGGAUGCUGUCAAUGGUGCAAGUUUGGUUAGUAUCAUGUCUGCUACUAAUGCUGUAUGUCGUGUAGCUUUGGGUUUUCUUGGUGAUCGAUAUGGUCGUUUGAAUAUAACAAUGAUCUCUACAUUCUUAUCAGGUCUAUUCACGAUGAUUUUAUGGCAAUUCUCAACUAGUUAUGGGAUCUAUGUAGCAUAUGCUUUGUUGUUUGGUUUUUCAGGUGGAGGUUUUGUAUCACUUAUUCCAGCAGUGACGGCAGAUAUUGUUGGUAUAGAAAAUAUUCAAAGUGGACUUGGCAUGGCCUAUGCUGCUACAACAUUUGCAAAUUUAUUUGGUACUCCUGUUGUUGGUGCAUUACAAACUCAAUUCGGUUGGACAGCCGCUAUUCAAUUCUGUGGUGCUCUUACUAUUUCUGCCUCAGCUGUGGUUUUGGUGCUUCGAAUUGUAAAAACAAAAGGUGCUUUCUUGGCCAAAGUGUAA